CAAGCCGCGCGCUCAGCCGCCAGGCCCUACACAGUUUUCCCGGGACGCUGAGAGGGUGCAGCUCACCCCUUUGUGUGCCGCUCUUUUAUCACUCUCUUCGACCAGCUAAAUGGAGUGGUAAGGCGGACGGACUGGAUAUGAAAUCGAAGGAAGAGCCCACCACGGCCGUCGGCAUGGCCAAAGAGCAGGAGGAUGGCCUCAGGGACAAGGUGCCGCCACUCAGGGGAAAGUUAGGGCGAAGCAACACCAUGUCGCCACCUCCGUCCACGUCCAAUGUCCCGCGGGUGCCGAGGGGAGGCUCGUUGCGGGAGCGACAUCGCUCCAUGGACAGGGACCACCCGGCCCACAGCAGACACCGGCGCUUCUCAGCGCACAUCGUGGCGCGACGCGAGUCCAUGUUCGAACGGGGCGCCUCUUUGGACGCCUCCAUCCGAAGACCCUCAUUGGCGUCCGUCGCCGAGCGGGGAAACUGGGGCAACCGGUGGGAGUUUCUGCUCUCCUGCGUCGGCCUCUCCGUCGGCAUCGGAAACGUCUGGCGCUUUCCUUACCUCGCCUAUCAGAACGGUGGCGGCGCUUUCCUGAUCCCUUAUAUUAUAAUGCUGGCGCUGGCUGGCAAGCCCAUGUACUUUCUCGAGCUGGCCAUCGGGCAGUUUGGCGGCGUCGGACCGAUCGCCCUCUGGAACUGCUGCCCCGUCAUGAAAGGUGUCGGCUGCGCGAUGGUGACCGUGUCGCUGAUUGUGUGCAUCUACUACAACGUGAUUAUGUCCUACACCCUCCACUAUAUGGGCGCCUCACUGGCCGCCGAGGUGCCAUGGGCAAAGUGCGACCCCGAGUGGGCUAACAUGGAUACGUGCUAUGUGCGCGGCGCCACCAACGUCAACCACUCGGACCCAGAAUCUGCACACACGACCGUACACAGGGAAACUGCCAGUCUGCAGUAUUGGGAACGAAAAGUGCUAGCUUUAUCUAGCGGAAUCGAAGACUUGGGACCCAUUAAAUGGGACCUAGCGUUGUGCCUAUUCAUCUCUUGGUGCAUUGUGGUGCUGUGUCUCGUGAAAGGCAUCAAAACCUCUGGCAAGGUUGUGUAUUUUGCGGCGACUUUCCCGUACGUCAUUCUUCUGACUCUGCUGGUGACAGGUCUCAUGCAACCUGGUGCCAUUGAUGGAGUGCUCUUUUUCAUCCUGCCCACUUGGAGCAAACUCUUGGACAUCCAGGUCUGGCGUGCAGCGGCCGGCCAAAUGUUUUUCUCCCUCAGCGUCUCCAUGGGCGGACUCAUCAUGUACAGCAGCUACAAUGACUUCAGGAACAAUGUCUACAGGGAUGCCUUGGUUGUGAGUGUGCUGGACACCGUCACGUCGAUCAUCUCCGGGAUGGUGACCUUUUCGAUUUUGGGAGCAAUGGCCACGGACCUCGGCGUGCCGAUCGACCAGGUGGUGAAAGAAGGCCCUGGCUUGGCGUUUGUUGCUUACCCCGAGGCGCUGUUGCGGCUUCCGUGUCCGCAGUUCUGGUCUGUCCUCUUCUUCCUGAUGCUCUUCGUUCUCGGGCUGGACAGCGAGUUUGCGCUGUUGGAAAACGUGCUAACCAGCAUCUCGGAUGAGUUCACCUGGCUGCGAAACCACAAGCUCAUAUUCUGCGUCGUGACUGCCUGCUUCUGCUACCUUGUGGGACUUCCCUGUGUUACCCAUGGUGGCAACUACGUGCUCACUCUGAUGGACGUGUACGGUGGCGGAGUUGGAGUGGUGUUUAUCGCGAUUGCUGAGUGCAUCGGCUUGUUGUGGAUCUACGGCCUCGGGCGGAUCUCGUCCGAUCUCGAGUUUAUGCUCGGUAAUAGACCAAACGCCUAUUGGAGGAUCACUUGGUCUUUCCUCGCACCUGUCAUCCUAAUGAUGAUUUUCCUCUACUCACUAGUAUUCCACGUUCCUCUGCGGUACGAAGAAUAUUUGUACCCCAACUGGGCCAACAUGAUUGGCUGGGCUCUCGCCUGCGUCUCAAUGCUCCAAAUCCCUAUCUGGGCCGUCCUGAUGAUUUGGAAGCAGCCAGCCGGUUCCUUGAAGGAAAAGUUGCAGAUGUCUGCUAGGUCCACAGCCGAGUGGGGCCCCUCUGACACAAGUCUCCGCUCAGAAUGGAUCGCCUUCACCCAAAAAAAUGUGCCGGGAACUUUGCUCUCAGAACAGAGGAAAGACUGUAAUAAUUCAACGCCGAUCAACGUUGGUGACAAGCUUGGUGAGGCGUUAUGAUGCCAGGAAAAAGCCAACGGGGUUACCUCAGUAUGAAAGAAGAUCAAUCAAAUGUGAUCUGACGAAUUUGCGAAAAGGGAAUUAUAUCUGUUGGCUGCGGCUAUGUUAAUUAUUCAAUGAUCCCAGCUUUGGAGAGUGUGGCUAGUCAAAAAGUGCGGGGAUUAUUUUGCUAACACGCUGUAAAAUGCAAAUUAAUGUUGAUUUCUGUUGUCGUGAAUACAAGCAGUUUUAUGAUUUGUGAAACGGGGUCACGUACAUUGGGUUGCAAAGAUGCGCAGACGCACUGUAACAAGCACCGCGUAUAUUUUUGUAAAUUUGACACUGGUCGAUGUUCUAUGUUAACGAAAAUGGUGAAGAGCACUUAUUCGCAAGCUCCCUGACGCUCAUUUCCUUUCUAACUGUGACGAGCGUGAAAGCCCGUUUUAGUCCGUGAAAGUUUCAACGAUGCGACUGAAUGUAAUUUAUGCGAUCGAGGAUUUUAAUUGCCAUUUUAUUGAACAGAUUUAGUCAAUAGUAAUCAAAGCGUUUUAACAUCAGAGUCCAUAUUGACAGAUAUUAAGUGAGCCCAUUUCUAUAGGAGGACCAAUGCCAAACCGUUUCAAUUACUGGUACGAAAGCCUCGAGAAGGCGCGCAAAAGUUGAUACAUAUUACAUCAUAUCAGAAUACAGUCAAGUAUUUGAACGGAAAAAAUGGUUGUUAGUCAGUUUCAUCUGCAGGGAGUAAAAUCUGAAGAAAUUAGACUUUCAAGAGUCAAAUUAUGUUUCCAGUGAACGGUUGUAAUAAGGCAACGUAAUGGCCUUGUAAUGACUGCUAUAGAGACAAAAUUAUUUAUUUAAAAUUUUAAAGUUCAUCUUUUCAAACUGACUGGGGAUAGCAUAACAAAAAAAUUAGGGCCGUCGGGGGACUUCAAUUGUUGCAUUAUGAAUUUAGAAAGGAAUGGAAUAUAUUAAGAGAAAAAUUAUUAUACAUAAAUACGAAACGUGAGAAACUGAGGAACCUAAAAUAUAGUUGUUGUUAACGCAUAUUGUAACGUGCUAUAGAAGUUGCAAUAAUGUGUCGCGGAAUAGGCGUAGUAAAAUUAAUUAAUGUUGUAUGGUUAAUAAAAGCAGAAAGUUUAGAGGUAGUGGCAUAAAAUGUUGCGCGCAUUAAAGAAAAAACACACAUAAAUGCAGGGUUUCCAAAUUUAGCGAUAUAUAGCUGUUGAUAACUGAAUUAAAACUAAUAUGAAGUUAAUUAAAUUUGUUACAAGCAAUAACAGAUCAAGCCGUAUAUUUAUACUGAUGUUGUUACUGACGAUAUACAUAUAUAAUUAUAGCUAUAUACAAUAUACACAAUGUAUGCCGAAAUACGUGGAGGGCGGGAAGUUAAUGUUCAAUGUAUACCUAGCUGAAAAUCCGUGAGUGAUGGAGCCGGCGAACCGACAACGACCUCACUCACGCGCAAAAGAUUCAUGUGGCCGAUAAUAAGUGUUCUUGAUGUGUUCGGGCGAAUCAAUAAUUUUAUCAUAGAAUAUUGUGUAGCAUACAUAGUUGCAGAAUACUCAAGGCUGCAGACCAAAUCUAGGCUCGUUUGUUGAUGCGCAAUAUACAGAAUGGAACACGCAGUCGAAAAUUUAUUUUAUACGAGAAAAUUUAAUCGAAAUUGCCAAAGUGUUGCUUUUUUAGAUGGGAAAACAGUGAAGCUGACGAGUGCCUUUGAGCUGACAGCAGUCGCAGUUCACGCGCACGUGAACGAAUGACGAAUUCAUUGAUUUCCUCGCCUAGAUCUGGUUUGGCCUGGCACCGUGCUACGUUAAUUAUGUGCUGUGCGCACGUUUCUGUACCAAACAACAAUAUAUCCAGACGUCUUGUGAGUGUUCAUUGUAAAUAUCCACUGUGAUGUUCCUCUUGGUGGUAACAGGCAAAGCACUCACCAGCUUGUGUAUUUAAAUACGAAUAUCAAUUCUUUGGAACAAUCACAGUAGGAGCGUCGAUCCAACAGCAGCUUCGCCCUUUCCAGCGCGAGAUCGAAGAUGUUCUAGCAUUAUAUGUUUCCGUGAGUUAGCGAAUAUUUGGCGAAAUUCCAAUAAAUGAGAUCACUGUAGGCCAUCACAAAGAACACGCAAAAUUAGUGAUAACUGCUCAAAAUGUUCCAGAACAAUAAAAUGUAGCAAUUAAGGACGCGCGCGGCGGUGUGUGUUAAAAAGCAUUGAAAUUGAACGAAUAGAGUAUCAUAGACACUGAUUUGAGAGUCGGUUAGAGAUUAAAGUACUGUUGUACGUUGUUAUCGCAGCAGAGUAGACUAAAUUUUAUCAUCGGCAUCUAGAGGAUUAAAAAUAUACA